AUGACAUCAACGGCCAUCACUCCAGAAUCCAUCUUGCCCGCUCUUCUUUGCCGUCUGGCCCCUUCUGGCUCUACUACUCGCCUGAGUCACCUCCUUCGGGAUGCCCGCAACGAUUCUCAAAAAACACCUAAGCGAAUCGCCUCCCUCCUUGAUGCAAUUGCCUCAAUCAGCGUGGAAAAUCCUAAGGGCGAUGUUGUCGCUGUUGCUCUUGACAGCGGUGAGGACUCGUCGAUCUUUGUCGCUUCGAACACUGGCGUGUCGACACAGCUUGUUGCCCAUCUUACAUCCGUGUGGGCCUUGCUCUGCCAGAUCAGCAAGGCAGUCCCAGCGGAUCAGGGAUCGCCUACCCUGGUGAACGAGAUUUUUCGCAACGACGACAUCAAAGAACUUGAACGGCGACUCACCAUCCAGGUCUACCGGUUUUCUUGGCGCAAGUUUUAUGCUCGUUUUUCGAAGCGAGUGGACGUGUUCAUUCGUAGCCUCACUCUUGUCACGAAGUGGUACUCCGAAAAACCACAGUUGGUGGAGGAACACAAGCGCUUCGAAUUUUCCAAAACCUUCGCAAGCGCAUCGUUCUUUCUUGCCCAGGCGAUGCAGAACUUCUUCGCAUCCACGAACGAUCAUGUACUCGACGCCUUCAUUCCUGUACGACGCUACCUCGAAAAGGUCCUCUCGCUCUCGCGUUCUGCAUAUGCAUUAUUUCUGGCGGCUCAUUCUCGAAAGCUCAAGCCAUUCCUCUCGAAGCCUCUCAAGAUCGUUUCUAUACCGCCUCGCCUGGACAGGGAGUACCGUGCCGAUUUUUACCAUUCAGCCUUUCGCAAAUUUUGUCAGGACCAGAGCGACGUGACGCAAAAAAUCAAAGGAGAUCUGCAUCAACAGAAGAUCCCUACGGAGUUCUCCGAGCUCUCAGACGAUCUUCGUGACAUGAUGCUGGACGAGGAGUGGAAGAAUAGGAUGGUCACGCCGUUAGGGGCUGCGUUGCAGAAGGAGAAGAACUCUGCUAUCAAGCUGGACGAACGUGGAUUAUCUGGACGCGCAUGCGUCCAUUGUGAAUGCUUGCUCGUCGCGCAUUUUGUGAAGAACAAGGCAUCUCUUCGACCAUACGACUAUAUCGGAUUAUCAAAGCUCUUAUGUUAUGGAUGCCACAGCUACUUCCGCGCAUACAACAUGACCCACCCAGGCAGGAGAUUUCACGCCAGGGGCACGCAUGGCAAGGUCUAUAUUCCAUGGGUGCCACCCACUCUCGAAGACGGAAGUGAGAACGACGUGCGGGCCCAAGGCAGGCGGCGCGCGGACGCGCAUGAGCCCUAUAACCCCGAACCAAGGGAGCUGUGCGUGCGUGUGGAAGAGAGCCCCGACGGCAACAAGAAUCGGGAUGCAGAGCGCUGCGGGCGCGCGUCGAAGCGGCGGAGGCAAGUGAUCGGAUAA